AGGUUCGUAGCGCUCCGGAGGAAUUUCGAUACGCUGCGGUUUCUUUUUUAUCGGAGCGUGGGGGGGAAAAAAAAAAAAAUACAAUUUUACUCUACCCAUCUGUGUAACUUUUAAAUACAUCUACUUGUCCGGGAGCCCUUGGCUUGAUCAGUCUGUGUGGUAGCUUUUUAAGACGAGAGAGCCGUUCGGCAUCGCUGUUCGGUGUUCCCCGGAGCUGGUGACCCGGGAGCGUGGGAAUUAAUAAUUAUUUUUAAAUUAAAAAGGAUAUUUUGGUGCUUUUUAAAAUUGUGUUGUGCUGCGCUGCUGAGCCACUGGAUAUGGGGCUCCUCUUCGCCAAACUGAUGACUGUCUUCGGAGACAGAGAAAUCUUUGGCUUUUCCAGAGCACAAAGUAAUCAUCGUUGGCCUAGACAACGCGGGGAAGACGACCAUCCUCUACCAGUUCCUCACCAAGGAGGCCGUCCACACGUCCCCGACCAUCGGCAGCAACGUGGAGGAGAUCGCCGUGCAGAAAACCCGGUUCCUCAUGUGGGACAUCGGGGGUCAGGAGAGCCUGAGGGCGAGCUGGAACUCCUACUACUGCAACACGGAGAUUGUCAUCCUGGUGGUGGACAGCACUGACCGAGAACGUCUGACGCUCAACAAAGAGGAGCUCCACAGAAUGCUGGCGCACGAGGUGACCGCCGGGGGGCGCUGCGGCGGCAGCAACUCGCCCCGACGCUUGCUUAGGUGUUUGUGGAAAUCGCGCCGCCGGAGAGGCUGCGAUCUCCGGCUCGAGUUUCCGUACGCGAAGCUGACGCGGGCCUCUGCUCUCGCAGGAUCUGCAGAACGCGGCCGUCCUGAUCCUGGCGAACAAGCAGGACAUGAAGAACUCGAUGUCGCCUGCGGAGAUAUCCCAGUACCUGACGCUCAGCUCCAUCACGGGCCACUCCUGGCACAUCCAGGCAUGCUGCGCUCUCACCGGCGAGGGGCUACCCGCCAGCCUCGAAUGGAUGCGCUCCCGCGUCUUGGCCAACUGAGGAGCCGCUGCCAGCCUACCUGGGUGCGCGCAGGUCUCGCCAAGACUGCUUUCCAGAGCCCGAUCCUCAUCCCCUGAAGCAGGGCUGCGGCGCGUGGACGAGAACCUCUGGCGUGCGACGGACCGGUUCUCUGUCACCUUCGUCUCCGGGGAAUCGGAGGACUCUGCUGCUAAAGGACCUCCUUUCAGAGAGGAAACCUAACUGUCGAGUGUUGGACCCGUAAUGCUCUGCCUUGGGAGGGAGAUGCAGGGAUAAACUGUAAGGAGAAGCAUUUCUUCCCAGCCGUGUGUGUGUCAGGGCUCUGGACGUUGUCUCAGAUCUACGUCUGACCACACAGACUUUAAGAAAGACCCUCGGCUGCAACGUCGAACCUGCUCGUCUACUUGGAAACACUGAACUCGAAUUUACAAUAGGUCACUGAAUGGAAAGCUAAAGUGAAGGUCAUUUGAUGCUGUAACGGUGGUAGCAUGUUUUUAAAGAACUGUAUUUUUAAGCAUUACAAUUAUGUAUUUUUAUUUAAAAAAGCCAAACUAAAGGUCUGCACUGAUAAAUGGGCUGGUGCAACUCUUAUCUAUGGAAAAUUUUUAGGGUGGCGUUUUUAUUGACUCUUGUACCCCUCCAGGGUAAGGUAACACAAAUGGAGGGCCGCGUUGCGCCCUGAUGUUCACACCU